GCUAGGUUCCUAUAAAGGAGGCCAGUUUUGGAGCAGGCGCUGAGCAGUGAACAUCUACCCACCGUCCAGCCUCCUUCCAUCCAGUCCAAACCAAAUCCUCUUUCCCCCAAACUCAGACCGCGCGUCCUGCUCGUUCUCAUUUUUUUUAUUUUCCUUUCCAACCCAGGUUUUUUUUUGGGGGGGCUGUUUUUCUUUGCCGUGUUUUUUUGUUUCUCGGGAAGUGCAGCUUUCUAACUCCACCGAGUCUUCUCAAAUGUAUAAAAUGGAGUAUUCUUACCUAAAUUCCUCUGCCUACGAGUCAUGUAUGGCCGGGAUGGACACGUCGAGCUUGGCAUCGGCCUAUGCGGACUUCAGCUCGUGCAGUCAGGCCAGUGGCUUUCAGUACAAUCCCAUCAGGACCACGUUCGGGGCCACCUCCGGCUGCCCGUCCCUCACGCCGGGGUCCUGCAGCCUGGGGACCCUGCGGGACCACCAGAGCAGCCCGUAUGCCGCAGUUCCCUACAAACUGUUCACGGAUCACGGAGGACUGAACGAGAAGAGGAAGCAGAGGCGCAUCAGGACCACGUUCACCAGCGCCCAGCUGAAGGAGCUGGAGCGGGUUUUUGCGGAGACGCACUACCCGGACAUCUACACCAGAGAGGAGCUCGCACUCAAGAUCGAUCUGACUGAAGCCAGAGUGCAGGUGUGGUUUCAAAACCGACGCGCUAAGUUCCGCAAGCAGGAGCGGGCUGCUGCAGCUGCCGCAGCGGCUGCCAAGUCCAAUUCUGGGAAGAAGUCCGACUCCAGAGACGAAGACAGCAAAGACAACAAAUCCACCGACCCAGACAGCACAGGAGGCCCGGGCCUCAACCCGGUGCCCACCUCCAACUGCGGCGGACCGAGCCCCACCGGCGUGCAGGUCAACACCACCGGGAACGGACAGGUGGACCAGGUGAAGACCUCCGUGUCCACCGGGAUGGCGGUGACAGCACCGAGCCAAGGCUGGGCCACCGCCCCGGGGACCAUCACCUCGAUCCCGGACUCGCUGGGCGGGCCGUUCGCCAGCGUACUGUCGUCGUUGCAAAGACAGAACGGAGCCAAAGCGACUUUAGUAAAGACCAGCAUGUUCUAAUGAGGCUGAAUGAAGGGAGGAGGAGAAAACACAGAGCGGAGGAGAAGAGAAGUUUUCCUCCUUCUCCAGAGACUGAAAAGCAAAUUGCUCCAGACUCACACGGACAAUAAAACGCAGUUAAUUAAACAGAAGAUGAUGACAACAACUCCUGUUCUUUUAUUUUGAAGCCUUGCACCGUUUCUUGUGGUCAGUUAAAAACACGUUCGCUGUAAAAUAUCCAUCCUGGCAAGUCGUUUGUUUUUCUUAAAACAAGUUGGGUGGAUUGUUUCAGGACUGAAUAUCUAAAGACAAUAACUUGUGUUGAGAUGAUUCAUGAGUCCAUCAAAAAUAUUCCUCGUGUUUUAAGGGAAAAAAACCACAACAACCACAAAAACACACACAUUUCAGAGUGAGCAGUGGAUGAAGAGACUCGUUAAAGCGAAUAUUUGAGGAAGUGCUCAUGAGCAAACACCGACGUCAAGAGUUCAACAGCUGCUUUGUUCGGUAGAGACACUUCACGAGGACAAACCCACGAACCCUGAAACUACAAACAUCCAAAACCUUCUGUGGAAGAACUACAGCUGAGUUUCGUUUCUUUAAAUUAUCGAUAUAAACACAAUUAUUUCCUCGAGAGAAGAAAAAAAAAAAUAAGGCACAAACCUCUGCAAUGUUCGCCCCCCGACAGGAGAGCUGUGUGUUUUGUGUGUCUUUCUACGGCAGUGUUUUUGUGGCUCAAAUUGUAUAGUGUGAAUACGUAUUACUGUCUCCUAUAGUUGAACCAUAGGCCAUACUCCCUCGUAGAUCGAUCAUACAGAGUCUUUUUUGAUGUUUUACAAAGAUUUCCCUUGGAAGAAUUUAUUUUGGGUAUAAAAAAAAAAAAGGGGAAUGGAUGCAAACAUUGUAUUUAUUUCUAUAUAAGUUGCAUGUUGUCUCUUUGUCUGAUUUUACAAUGAGUUCCCUCCCAUUUUGUGAGCAUUAUGUAACAUGUUUUGUCCAGGAUCUGAAAGUUAUUUAUAUGUAGGUAAUGAAUGCUUAUAUUUAAGAAGGAAAUAUUUCUACAUGUGCACAUAGUUUUCCAGGUGUACCAUUGAAAUGGUU